AUGCAUAAGAAGGACAUAAGUGAAUACUUCAAUUUUUUAAAUGUGUUGAAGAAGAAGCAAAAACUGAGGUACAAUUUGUACAAUUUCCUAUGCCAUUCGAACAAAGACAUUGGGAACGAAAUAUCAUGCUACAAAAAAUAUCUAAAGGAGAGGUACCUAAAUAAAAAUAAAAAAAAAGAUAAUAACAAAAUGAUGUAUAACUCUAUGUUUGGAGAAAAAACUACCAUCCAGGUGAACAUGAAAAAAGAUAUGAAUGAUAAGUGCAAGACGAAAAGUUCUAAGAAGUUGUCAAAAAAAGGGGAAGAGUAUAAAAUGGUUAGGGAGCAUAAUAAGAAAGAGGAGGCUCUCCAUCCAAUGACUUCAAUUAUCCUAAUAAACAAUAAAAAAAAUAACAAUUCAAAAGCCAUAAAUUUGUUGAGAGAUACGUAUAAAAAAAAUUUCAUUAAUUAUCACAUCAAAAUUAAUGUAGAAAAAUAUGAACACAUUUAUUUCCUCUUCCAAAUAACGGAAAUGUUGUCUCUUAUUUUUUUACCAUUCAUCAAUUCGCACUAUUACUUUUCCUAUGUAAAAGGAUAUAAACAUCCGGGCGAGGGUAAGUUCACUAUGAUUGAGAGAUUCAGGCAGGAAAAUAUACACCUCUUGUGUGAGCGCACUAGUGGUGAUGGCGCCAGUGCUUAUGAUGUCAGCGGAGAUAACGCAACGAUCGUAGAUACUGCUGAAUGGAGCUACAAAAGGAAUAGUGCAAAACAAAGUCGUAGAAACACGCAAAACAGAGUGGACAAGCGGAAGAAGUUGAUCAAAAAUAGCAAGCAGGAUAUAUCCACGAGCAUUUACAACCUCUUCAAAGUAAACAAAACCAAUUUGUUCAACUUUUCAAAUAAAGAAAAAAAAGAAAAAUCUUCCGAUUCUGAGGAAACCAGAAAUAGGAAAAUUCACUAUCGAAAAAAUACCCUAAGUAAUAUCAAAAAUGAAACGGCAUACAUACAGAAAUAUUCCCUGUUCAAUGAGAGGAGGGAAAAAUGGAAUGACGUGUUGUUCAGUAAAACGUACACUACCGAGCUGAAGAGAAGGAAAAGCAAGAAAUAUGGGCACCAUGUGGAUGAUGGCAACUACUACAUUGCGCUGUACAACUCGAAAGAAGUAGUAGAACAAAUCAGGAGAAGCAAAAAAAGGAUAACUUUCGAGGCAAAAAAUCUCAUUGAAAAUGUUUUCCUGUAUAAUGAAUAUUACCAAAUAGAUACUUACGAAUUAAAUAAAAAAUUUCAUAGUAAGGACAAAUAUUUCCUUAUAAAAAAAUAUGAACAAAUUGUGUCUCUCGCUUUUUACACCCGCUUUAAUUCCUACUUGAUAUUUUCCCUAUAUCAACGAAUAGCACUGCUGAAUUUUCUAUACUCUAAUUACCAUUUGGUCAUUUCAAUUCUGAGAUAUAUUAACCAUGUGCACUGUAAGCUGAUGAAUCAGCAUGCACGCAGCCAUUUAUUUCAUAUGAAGAAAUCUCCAGCAGUGUGUGAAAAGUCAGUUGGUACUUCUCCCCAAGGGGAUAAAGUACAUACGGAAUUCUCCGAAAGGGGGAAGAGUACCUUUUUCUCAGAUCAGCCCGAAAAAUAUGCCCCCUACGAUCACUCCUUCUUCUACAUGAAAGAUGAAGACAUUCAUUACGAUGAUUACAUAAUUAACACUUACAGCACGAACUACAUUAAUGAUAUGAAUGCCGCACAGGGUAGAAAUAAUUCCCCUUCGCUUUUAAUCAAGUUUUAUGACAAACUAGGGGAUAUAAAGUCCUUCCGAUUUUCCAUUUUCUUCGACAUAUUUUUUGAGCUCAAGAAUUCGUUAAGGUAUCUCUUCUUCUUUUUGAAAAAUGCACAUAAGUGUAAUGUCGUCUUGGAUUUGCGACUCAACAGGGGAAGGCGAGGCGCGUUACGGGGGACAGCUAACGAAGUGACGAGUGAAUCUGUCGAGGAAGACACUAACAUGGCGAAACUGCGGAGUGGUACACACAGGAGUAAGAAUAAACAUUCGAGUGAUAUCCCCAAGGUGGACUCCCAACGCAGAAGGGUAAAAAGUGAAGAAAAUUUACACUUCCAAAGUGGGAACAUCCCCCAGGGAACAAACAAAACAUUGGAUGAGUGCAAUCGGAAAUCUGGAGAGCCAUUUGACGAUGCGAGCCGUUUUUCACCUGAGGGUCAAAAUUAUCCAUCGGUAGAGAAUAGCACAAAUCGUGAUGGAAAGGACAACUCGCAUAAUGUUAAGCAAGAAAAUUGUUAUAUUGAAAAUGAUUCCCAUUCGAAUUGGCUUGAUAAAAUGGGGAAGGAGGCCAAAUGCGAGGCGAAGGGUGCAAACGAAGGGAACGCAUUAACCACCUCGGAGUGUGAAGAAUGGCCUAUGUUUGUCCCCAACAUGGACGUAAACAAACUGAGAAGUAGUAAACUUUUCUACAUUAUAGGCAUCUCUCUACUGAAGCAGCUGAACACCAACUACUACUAUGACAACAUGAAAGAAAUAAACCUCAUUUACGAAGACGAUUUGGUUGAAAAAAAAAUAAAUAUAAAUAAUUUGCUAAAAAAUGAUUAUUCGGAUGUACUAAACUUAAGUUACAAGUACAUGAUAAAAAGCAUCAACGUGGAUCCCAACCACCUGUUGAGUUAUUACUACCUUGGCGUUAUCUAUCUGUACAAGUUAAAAAUUACCAAGUGUAUUUAUAUAUGUAAAAAUUUUCUAUUACAAAACUGCCAUAAUGUGUAUGCCUUCCCAUUUUUUUUGCUAUAUAUAGUAGUUACCAGUUCGAGGUACAGCAAUAUGGAGGUACUUUCUACACAUGGGGAAAGGAAGUCCUCCAAGGGUGAUAAACAUAAGGGUUAUUCGAAGCAAACUCCAAAUGGAAAAAAUAGAGAUGAUGGUAGCAAACAUGGCGCACUCAUUAACGAUGCGAGCAUUUUACACAGCUACAAUGAACAGUACAAAGGGUUAAUUAACCAAUUAAGGAGAAAUGCCCCCAACUUUUAUAACGCUAUUACUAGUCCGAACAACCUGUUUGAUGUAGAUGAUGAGCAAAAGGCAGGUGCAGGAGGAAGCUAUAUGGAUGACUUUUGUAACUUUGGGAAUUUUAUAAGCUGCAACGAUUCAGCUAGUAAAAGGCCCGUUAACAGUGUGAAGGAAAACCCAAGUGAGGUCCCAUCCGAAAGAGAGUCUAAUGGGAAAAGUGACGACCCAAGUGGAAGCCAUGAUAAGAACAAAAUAGAACAUGAUGAGCGUGAGCACCCGUUUGAUCCUAAACUGGGGGAGGUACAUAUUUCUACUGCAAGAAACUUCGCAGAGGGGAAAAUCACGAAUGAUAAGAUGAGCACACACUGUACAGGAAGAAAAAGAAGUACCCCAUACUGUCUCGACAACGGUGAGGGAUUCCAAACCAAAUCACCUAACAACGAAUGUUUUUUAAUCCUCACGAAAGCUAUAAACUACUUCCCAAACAACUUUUUUUUUUACCUUUAUGUAUAUUACUUAAUUAAUUUCUUCGUAAUUUAUGAUAUUUUAUUUUGCUGGGAGAAAAAAACAGAAGACAAGAAGAAUAAAAAGAGGACCUUCCAAAGUUCCCAGGUGAAGCACCUGCUUCUGCAAAAAGCUUCACAAAAGUGUGACACCAAAUCAAGCCCAAGUGAAAUCCCUCGCCCUACGGAUCAUUUCAAUUUUUUACGUGAAGAAAAAAAGGGAGAUGCCCAUCUUAGCCAACUGUACGACGCAAUAUUCGACACGGACGAGAUGGACAAGGGCGAUAGUGACGAUAUUAAUUACACUGAUGAAACUGCCAGAAAUAGCGAUUCCUGGGGAGUUCCCAAAUCGACUCGGUUUUUUCCCAACGUCCCAUUUAAUCUUAAUAAGUGCACCAACUUAGCCAAGGGGAAGGACGAAGGGAAUCGACUUUUAACCAAUAGCAUUAAAGAAGAAAUUGACAGAAUUCAGAUUUCGCUAAAGAUUUUGCAAAAGAAAAGCAAUGCGAUGAGGGUUGAGUCCAGAAGGGGGGGUAGAGCUAACAAGGUUGCUACUUCGGGAGGGUGUGCAACUUCGACUGUGGCGAAGAAUGGUUCGGGUGACGGGUCACACACUGUCGCAACACAUGGUGGCAGCGCUGCUGAUGAUGAAAAGUGGGGAGAAUCUUGCCACGCCGAUAGCGCACACCCCGCGGGGAAGAACCAACAGGGGGAUGCAAAUGUCAGCGAUAAGUAUAAGGAAGGUAAAGGCGUAAACAUGGAAGAGAGAAACACAAGUUUCAUGGAACCCCCAUCCGUAUAUGAUACCUGCCCAAACGAACUAAAAAGCAACAUAAAAAGAAGCGAGUACAUUGACAUGAGCAAAGUGAAUCUGUUACCCUGCGUUAUGCCCAUACUGUUAGUAUUGUACAAAUACAUCCAUAAGAAAAUGCAGGAAAAGAAAAAUUCUGACAUGUAUGUAUAUUUUUGCUUGAACAAAAUUAUGUCUUAUGUUGAUGUGGGUAAGAUUAUGUGCGAAUUGCAUGCAAAGAGUGACAGCGGCUACCAUCCAAAUGGUGGGAUCAACAACUGCAACUGUUUCUUUAGCUACGAGAAGGGUAGCAACAAAUUAUACAGCAAGAAUUACUACUUUUCGGAGAGAAACAGAUACGGCAUGGUUAGCGGAAGUGGUUUGCUUGGUGGAAGCUACAUGGUUAGUAGAAGCCAAAUGGGUGACAGAAGCUGUAACCAUUUUGGAACUCUCAACUCGCGGAGCAGCAUCAACAAUGUCAGAAAUACCACCCCUCUAGCUACUGACACAGCCAAGGGCAUGCGGAAAAUUAGCCUUAAAAAUGUCUACUUGGAAGCCAUCACCUGGAUCAGUAUGGGUGAAAUUCUGAUUUACCUAAGGGUAAAUGCCAAGCUCAUAAUUUACUUUCUCAACAUUAUAGACACGUACAUAAAAUUUUAUCUAAGUGUAAAUAAUGACAGUAACUAUUAUAGCUACGAAAAUACAAAUUUCUUUUACAAUUUGACGCACCAAUUUAUGUGCCUGAAAUGCUUGUACCUGUUUUAUCUCUAUGCCAAGUGUAAAAGGAGGAAAAAAUAUUCAGACAGUCUUCUCCUGAGCAGGAAAGGAAGCAGUGUAUGUCGCUUGCCACUAAUGGCAAUGUCCUCCUUUGGCGAAACGGUAAAAAAAAGGAAGGGAAACGGAAAGAGGAAAACAUCAUUGCCUUUUAAAAAAAAUUUAUAUACAAAAAUACUCUUUUUCGAAAACGAAUACGAAUUGCACAAUUCUAGAAUGAAGUUGUAUGACCACCCCAAAGUUAAAGUCGACAAUAAUCACAUCUACUUCAGUGAUCGAUUUGGUGAAAAUGAUUUUAAGUUGCCUUUUCACACAAGGGAUAAGAAAGAAUUGAGAUGGAAAUUCUGGCCUUUGAGGAGGAAGGCCGAAAAGGAGGGGAGCGCUGAUAAGGGAGAAAAAAAAGAAUCCCCCCAAAGGAAUGCACCAAAAGAGAACGCGAGCAAUGGCGCGAAAUGUUGUUCGACCAACAAAGCAGACGCAAAUAACAGAAUGAACAAAAUGAACAAAAUGAACAGAAAGAGCAUGAAUAAGAUUUACGCCGAUGAGGAGAAACUGUUCAACUCGUUUCGUGUGGACUAUGAGAGUGCCCAGAAAAGACAGAAAAAAUAUCGACUCGUAAAAAAUAUUAAAAUUUACGUAUCCCUAAUAAGUAAAAUUUAUUUCAACGAUAGAAAGGUUAACAUUUUAUAUGCUCGAUAUUAUUUUUUAAAAAAAAAGUACCUAAAAGUUAUCAGCAUUUUGUCUCUGCUGAAUGAGCACUACAAGAAAAGGGACUACUUCAUUAUGAAGAAGAAGAAAAGGUCACAUGAGGAUAGUGGCUCAGGGAAAAAUAGGAACAUCUCGGGUGAACAAAGUACUUUACCAAGUAGCUACCCCUUUCAUUUAAAUAACCAAACGGAUUUCGUCUACGAAUAUUUAAAUAUAUACAUGUAUUAUCAGUCCUUUGAGAAGUUACAAAAUUAUCGGAAGUCGAAUUAUUACAAGCAUAUUUUGAAAGUCAUUUUUUUAAGCUGCCCCAUCAUACCUUUUGGUUUGUUUCCGUUUAUAAAUUUGUGA